AACCUCAAAACACAAAAUCCACACUCCAAAUUUCUUCCCCAAUCCAAAAAACCAACACCAAAAAAUAAAGAAAAAUUAUGGAAGGAGCCACCCUUUCAUCCACUUUCCGACCACCACCACCACCAUCAUUAUCCACCAUAAAACCCCAUUUUCACCACCACCAACACAACCGUAAACCAAAUCUCACAAUCCGUUCCGCCAUCAGCCGUACAAAGAAAGAAGAAACAAUAGAAUCAGUCAAAACCCAACUCGAAAACUGUCACUUAAUCGCAGGUAUCAAAUACAAAGGCUUCACUGUCCAACAAUUCCAACAACUUCGUACGACAUUUCCAGAAUCCUCAAAACUAAUCGUCGCGAAAAACACGCUUGUUUUAAAAGCCAUUGAAGGGACACAAUGGGAAGCUCUGAAACCUUGUAUGAAAGGAAUGAAUGCUUGGUUAUUUGUUCACAGUGAGGAAAUUCCGGCGGCGAUUAAGCCGUACAGGACUUUCCAAAAAGAAAAAAAGUUGGAAGGAAAUGAUUUUAGUGGGGCGGUUUUUGAAGGAAAGUAUUACCCACCUGAGGAAUUUAAGGCUUUGGAGACAAUGCCGACAAGAGCCGAGGUUUAUGCCAAGUUGUUGGGUGGUUUGAAGGCGCCUGCGACUUCGGUUGUUGGGACUUUGCAGGCACCUGCCAGGAAUUUGGUUUUGACUUUGAAGGCGUUUGUUAAGAAGUUGGAAGACGAGGCCGCGGCAUCAGGGCAAUGAGGUUUUGUUUGGCGACGGUGUAAGCUUUUUGUUCGAUUUUAUGAAUUAUGAAUUUUUAUUUUAGGUAGAAUGUUGUAAAAUGUUAAUGAUGAUGCUAUAUCUACUAAAUCAAAAUGUUGGUAUUAAGGCUUAUUUGAUUA